AUGGAAAGCAUUUCAGAAAUUCCUACACAAGAUACCAUUCAACAAAACCAAACAAUGGAACGUUUCAUAAAAUCUAAAGAAGGCAUUAUUGCUUCAACAAGAGAGAAAGCUAGAAAGAGACAGGCACUUUGUCGUAUCAAGAAAAGGAACGAACAAAGUCUUAUUCCUACAACAUCCAACUAUCUUGAAGAUACUGGAAAUAAACAAUUUGCUUCAACAUCCAAUCAUCUUAAAGAUACUGAAAAUCAAGAACAAAUUCCUACACAAGAUACCAUUCAACAAAACCAAACAAUGGAACGUUUCAUAAAAUCUAAAGAAGGCAUUAUUGCUUCAACAAGAGAGAAAGCUAGAAAGAGACAGGCACUUUGUAGUAUCAAGAAAAGGAAUGAACAAAGUCUUAUUCCUACAACAUCCAAUCUUGAAGAUACUGGAAAUAAACAAUUUGCUUCAACAUCCAAUCAUCUUGAAGAUACUGAAAAUCAAGAACAAAUAAAUAUUUCUGCACAACAAUCAUUAGUACAAGAACAUUAUUGUGGAUUACUCAACACUAAGUGCGAUUAUUGCGAUUCUAUAAAUUUUUUAUUGGAAAAACUCACAGAUGGCAAAUUUAAGAAUUGUUGUCAUAAGGGUAAAGUUAAGAUACCAUCAAUCCGAUAUAUUCCUUUUUUACAAGACCUUUUAUCUAAUCCUAACAAUGAAUUUCAUUCAAACUUUAUGAAAUAUAUAAGAUCUUAUAAUAGUUCACUUGCCUUCGCAUCCAUGGGAGCACAGAUUUCUAAUAGUUUAAACCCAGGCCCAUAUUGUUUUAGAGUUCAUGGGCAAAUUUAUCACCGAACAUCUCAUUUAUAUCCUUCCACUGGGAUGCCUCCUAAAUUUGCACAACUAUAUGUCCUUGAGACCACCCAGGCUGUUAAUGGCAGGUUACACAUGAAAGAAAAUUCUGGUUGCAAUGAGGAUCUCUUGAAAAGAUUAAAUAUUUUAAUAAGACAGAAUAACCCAUUUUCUAUUAGUUUUAAAAUCUUGGGAGAAAUUGAUAAAGGAGAAAAAAAUAGGGCUAUUCAAGAAAAUCGUCCAGUUCAAAAAAUCAAUAUGAUUUUUCGUGCAGAUCGCUCAAGUGACAAGCGAAGAUAUAACAUUCCUAAUAUAGAUGAAGUAGCUAUGAUUUUUACAAAUGAUGAUGGUGAACCCCCAUUUAAACGGGAUAUCAAGGUCUAUCCUCGAGUUGAUGGUAGUGAUCUGAUAAAUAUAAAUAUAUUAAGCCCUAAUCUUGAUCCAAUGGUAUAUCCUCUAUUAUUUCCUUUUGGUGACCCUGGUUGGAAACCAGAUUUAAAGGGUGAAGAUACAAGGCGUACAUGGGCAAAUAUCUCACUACUACAGUUUAGAUUAGCAAUUCGUGAAAAUGAAUUCAACCCAAUCCUUUUUGCUGGGAAAUUAUCACAACAAUAUAUUGUUGAUUCCUAUUUACAGGUCGAGGCGAAUAAUUUAAAUUUUAUUAGACAAAAUCAGCCAAAAUUACGAGUAGAUGAAUAUUCUGGAUUAAUGGACUACUUGGAAACAAAGUCAAACAAUAUAAUUCCCUGCAAAGCAGUAAUAUUACCAUCAUCUUUUCAAGGUUCUCAAAGAAAUAUGCGAGAACGCUAUCACGAUGCAAUGGCCAUUGUGCUCAAAUUUGGCAAAUCUGAUUUGUUUAUUACUUUUACAUGCAAUCCUAAUUGGCGUGAAAUUAAGGAAAAUCUAUUUCCCGGGCAAAGUCCUACAGAUAGACCAGAUUUAAUAGCCCGUGUUUUUAAAUUGAAAUUAAAUGAAUUAUUGUUCGAUAUAAAUAAAAAAAAUUUAUUUGGUAAAUCUAUGGCUUUUAUAUAUACAAUCGAGUUCCAAAAAAGAGGUUUGCCUCAUGCCCAUAUACUUAUUAUUUUAAACGAUGAUAGCAAAAUUGAAACAUCUCAAGCUAUAGAUAAAUUUGUUUGUGCCGAAAUGCCAGAUAAAAUUCUCGAUCCUAAACUUUUUCAGAUUGUUACCCAUUUUAUGAUACAUGGUCUUUGCGGGAUAUUUAACCCCAAAUCGCCUUGCAUGGAAAAUGGCAUAUGUACCAAAAAAUUUCCGAAGGAUUUUCAAAUGGAAACAAGACCAAAUAUUGAUGGGUAUCCAUAUUAUAAAAGGCGAGAUAAUGCUAUUACAAUUCUUUCCGGUAAACCUACGGAUAAUCGUUAUGUUACUCCAUAUAAUCGAUAUCUAAUGUUAAAAUUCAAUGCUCAUAUUAACGUGGAAAUUUGUACAUCUAUUAAAUCGGUAAAAUAUAUCUUUAAGUAUAUUUAUAAGGGCUAUGACUGUACUAAUGUUGACAUUAAUGUUGCUUCAAAUAUAAAUAUUCAUGACGAAAUUAAAUCACAUUUAAAUGCGCGAUAUGUGAGUGCAUGUGAAUCAAUGUGGAGAUUAUUAGAAAAUAAUAUGCAUGACCGCUCGCACGCUGUUAUUCGCUUAGGAAUUCAUUUACCUUUACAACAGCCAGUAUAUUUCACUGCUGGACAUUAA